AGUGAAGGAAGUGAAAAUGCAGCCGUUCAGUGUUUCGUCGGAGAUUUCCACCUCCCAACUUCCAUGGAAGCACCGCCUUACUCUCCGAUUCGCCGCCCUACUCUUCAACGCUUCUGUCCGAUCAGAUCUCACCGUUAAUCGCCGGCUUCUCAAUUUCCUCGACCCCAAAAUCCCUCCCAAUCCCAAUUCAAUCCACGCCGUUUCCUCUUCCGAUCUCACAAUCGACGCCUCUCGUGAUCUCUUCCUCCGAAUCUUCACCCCCACCGACGCCGCCAUCAACGCCGCCGCCGUCGCCGCCACGGACUCACUCCUGCCGCCGGUAAUUUUCUACUUUCACGGCGGCGGUUUCGCCUUCGGUUCUGCCGCCGCCACGUCAAUGGACAUGGCCGCCCGCCGUUUCAGUAAGGAACUCGGAGCUGUCAUAAUCUCCGUGAAUUACCGUCUCGCUCCUCAGUUCCGAUUCCCCUGCCAAUACGACGACGGAUUUGACGCCGUGAAAUUCAUCGACGAAAUGGACGACGACGAUCCAUUGUUGGGUAAGGCAGAUCUGAGCCGUUGCUUUAUUUUGGGGGAAAGCGCCGGGGGGAAUCUAGGGCACCACGUGGCAGUGAGAGCGAGCGAGUACGCUUUCAAGAGAGUGAAAGUAAUUGGGUUUAUAGCGUCGCAGCCGUUUUUCGGCGGAGAGGAGAGAACAGAGUCGGAGAUUCGGCUCUGUAAUCAGCCUCCGUUAACUCUGAAACUUGCGGAUUGGUUCUGGAAGGCGUUUUUGCCGGCGGGGGAAGACCGGGAUCACGCGGCGGCGAAUGUGAAUGGACCGAACGGAAGGGAUGUCUCCGGGCUGAGGAAUUUUCCGGCGACGAUUAUUUUGGCCGGAGGAUUGGAUUUACUGAUAGAUCGGCAGAGGAGGUACUACGAGGAGCUGAAGAGAAUGGGAAAGGAGGUGAAAUUGGUGGUGUUUACGAACGGCGUCCAUGGAUUCUUUAGCUUUGAGGAUCUGCCGGAAUAUUCUCUAAUGAUUAAGGAGAUGAGGGAUUUCAUUGCAAUGUUUCACCGGAAUAUUCUUUAAUCUCUAUUUCAAUGUUUAAUCGUUUUUCUUUUCAAACCCCUAAUAUGUACUUUCCAAUUAAUGCACCAAUCAAACUAUAUUCGAUCUUCGGUGA